AUGACACCAAGUUUAUCGAUUAUUUUUGAAAAUGAGAGUGAAAAUGAAAAAUUGGCGGAUGUUGGACAUCGAUUUCAUUCGGAUCCUGUUAGGUUUGCAUUUAGAGGUUUUUUGUGGCGAAAAUUAUUUAAAGGUGCAUACAGUAAUCCUUAAAGGAACAUCUACCGUAUUUUUAAACUUGAUUUUGGUAUUUUUAAAGGCGCAUACAGUAAUCCUAUCAAAAUAAGGUCACAAAUAGAAUAUUUUAUUUUAAAGGUGCAUACAGUAAUCCCACAAUUUUUCACGAUCAAAUUAAAGAACAUUGAUCCUUGAAGGAACAUCUACCGUAUUUUUAAACUUGACUUUGGUAUUUUUAAAGGAGCAUACAGUAAUCCUAUCAAAAAUAUGGUCACAAAUAGAAUAUUUUAUUUUAAAGGUGCGUACAGUAAUCCCACAAUUUUUCACAAUCAAAUUGAAGAACAUCUACCGUAUUUUUUUUUGUAUUUUUAAAGGCGCCUACAGUAAUCCUAAAAAUAUGUCUUUUUCGCCGUAAAAACACUUGCAGGCUACAGUACCCAAGGCUUUCUAGGCCCCGCAAAAAAAAUUCUAAAAAUUUUUUUUUGCAGAGCAAACGCAGUUUCAGCAGCUCGCCGGCUGCUCGACGAUUCACGUGGAAAAUCGUGGGAAGAAUUGGCGCGAAAAUACACACUUGGUCUAGAAGCUGCACCGUGUGUUGAAAGGUACCGUUUUGAAUCCCAUUUCUCAUCAGAAAAAUCACAAUUGCUCAGAUUAACCGCUGAAGAAUUGGAACAGAGUUUGGACACAAUGCCCGAAUACAAAAAUUAUCGUUUCAAUCGCAGUCGAUCUGUUGAUCUUAGUCAAAUUUCCAGGUGAGAGUCAUUUUCAGCAUGAGAAGCUGAAAAUUUCUGAACUCGGCUGAAAAUCCACGUCAUUUUGAGUCCAAAUAUAGUCAUGUUUAGAUUCAAAAUGACGUGGAUUUCAUGAGAAAUUUCAAAAUUCUAGUUUCAGAACCAUUUUCAGCAUGAAAAUCUGAAAAUUUUGAAUCUAAACUUGGCUGAAAAUCCACGUCAUUUUGAGUCCAAACAUAGUCAUAUUUAUAGUCAAAAUGACGUGGAUUUUAUGGAAAAUUUCAAAAUUUCUAUUGCAGAAUCAUUUUCAGCAGGAAAAUCUGAAAAUUUUAAGCUUAAACUUUUUCUGAGCCCAAAUAUAGUGAUGUUUAGAUUCAAAAUGACGUGGAUUCCACGGAAAAUCUAAAAAUUUCAAUUGCAGAAUCAUUUUCAGCUUGAGAAUCUGAAAAUUUUGAAUCUAAACUUUUUCUGAGCCCAAAUAUAGUCAUGUUUAGAUUCAAAAUGACGUGGAUUUCACGGAAAAUCACAAAAUUUCAAUUGCAGAAUCAUUUUCAGCAUGAAAUUCUGAAAAUUUUGAAUCUAAACUUGGCUGAAAAUCCACGUCAUUUUGAGCCCAAAUAUAGUCAUGUUUAGAUUCAAAAUGACGUGGAUUUUAUGGAAAAUCUCAAAAUUUCAAUUGCAGAAUCAUUUUCAGCAGGAAAAUCUGAAAAUUUUGAAUCUAAACUUUAUCUAAGCCCAAAUAUAGUCAUGUUCAGAUUCAAAAUGACGUGGAAAAUUUUCAGAAUCAUUUUCAGCCUGAAAAUAUCCAAAUCUAGAUUCAAAAUGAUCCAAUUUCCAUGAAAAACCUCGAAAAUUUACAGAGAAAAGUACCUAUCAAGAUGGUCACGCGAAAACACGCCAGUCGAAAACAGCAAACGAUACGAAUCGCAUGUUCGGCGAAGUUAUACGCCGGUUCGCGAAAUAUCCUCAUAUUCAAAUAUUCUCGAAACAAAUCCGUCAAGAUCACAUCGUUCACCAUUGGCUACUGUAACUGCACCAUAUCACACGAAUAUUCAUUAUCGAUCCGAAAUUGAGCCAUUCCGAAAAUAUGAUGUUUAUGGAUUGCGAACAUGGAGUUAUCCCAUUUAUAAGUUUGUUUUUUUUUCUGUGCAUUUUUUCGUCACGGUGUUUGCAGAAUCGUGAAAAUCCACGUUUUUUGAGUCUAAACAUAGUCAUGCUUAGGCUCAAAAUGACGCGGAAUUCUUAAAAAUCGAGUUUCAGAUUGACUUUCAGCAUAGAAAUCUGAAAUUUUUGAAAAUAUGAUAGAAGAAACCGAUCGAUUGAAAAAAAUCGGGGGAAAAAUAUCAGAAAUUUUUGAAACGUAUUUUUUCGGGCAUCAGUUUUUGAGAAAUUCUAGCUGAAAAUGCCUGAAAAUCGAUUUUUCAAGUGUUUGAGCAUCAAAACAAAUUUUCAGCAAUAAAUUUUUGCAGAUGAAAAAAAUCUGGAACUGUUCCCGAACUUUUCAAAGAAAUAUAGUCAUGUUUAGAUUCAAAAUGACGUGGAUUUUAUGGAAAAUCUUGAAAUUUCAAUUUCAGAAUCAUUUUCAGCAUGAAAAUCUGAAAAUUUUGAAUCUGAACUUGGCUAAAAAUCCACGUCAUUUUGAGUCCAAAUAUAGUGAUGUUUAGAUUCAAAAUGACGUGGAUUUCAAGGAAAAUCUCGAAAUUUCAAUUUCAGAAUCAUUUUCAGCAUGGAAAUCUGAAAAUUUUGAAUCUAAACUUGGCUGAAAAUCCACGUUUUUUUGAGUAUAACCAUAGUCAUGUUUAGGUUCAAAAUGACGUGGAUUUUAUGGAAAAUCUCGAAAAUUCAUUUUCAAAUUCACUUUCAGCAUGAAAAUCUGAAAAUUUUGAGUCUGAACUUGGCUGAAAAUCCACGUUAUUUUGAGUAUAACCAUAGUCAUGUUUAGAUUCAAAAUGACGUGAAUUUCAUGGGAAAUCUCGGAAUUUCAAUUUCAGAAUCAUUUUCAGCUCAAAAAUCUGAAAAUUUUGAGUAAAUAUAACCAUAUCCAUGUUUAGAUUCAAAAUGACGUGAAUUUUACGAAGAUUCUGGAAUUCCCACUCAAAAAUCUUUUGCAGAUACGUGAAUGGUGUAAACCGCGAUUCGGAUUACCGUCGUCCAUACUCCUUCGAUCGUUCCUAUGCAAAUACACCAGUCUACACACCUCCCCAAUUAUCAGCCGAAUCUCGUCCAAUCACAACUCGUCGCGGUUAUUCCGGCUACUCAUAUCUAGCCAAUGAGACCAAUUUCGAUGUCUCAUCUCGCCCAAAAAGCCUCUCUUCUUAUAUGUAUAAUAACAAAUAUUUGGGAACUUGUUCGGCUCCCUGGUAUUGGUCUUAUCACGGCAAUUCAUCACUUCGACAUUUUAACAGCUAUCGACCACAUAAUUGGACAAGUACAACUGCAACUUGGUCGAAAUAUUAUUGA